CCGCCCCGUCUAGCCGCGGUCUCGCCCUCCAGUUCGGCGGUCAUGGGCGGCGGAGACGGUCGCAGCUGGCAGCUGUCCCUGGCGCUGCUCGUGCUGUCAGGAUGGACGCUACAGGAAGGCCAUGGCUGGCGGGCCAGGCAGGAGUACGUGUACCGGCUGGAAGGCAGGACCGUCGCCGGCUUCCUUAGCCUGGACAGCUUCGGCGUGGGGCUGCACUACCUGGCUAAGGCCCGACUCCAGGCCGCCUCCGACACCGUGCUGCUGCUCAAGGUGGAGGACGCCUGGUACACGCGGCUGCACGAGGACAUGGCCGACUCGUGGUGGCAGCGUGCGGAGCGGCCGGGCGAGGACUGGCAGCCGCUGCCGGUGUCCGGCACCACCGCCGUCGUCACGCACGAGGACGGCGUCGUGCGGAGCGUGGCGCACUCGCCGGAGCUGCCCGAGUGGGAGGUGAACUUCCUGCAGGGGAUCGCCGGCCACCUGCAGGCCGACCUGUCGAGGGGAGUCGACCUGGCGGGCCCCGAGCUGCCCGGCGCGCACUCCCGCCGGCGUAAGACCCCGGCCACGGCCGUCUACAAGGUCAUGGAGAACGGGGUGGCGGGCCGCUGCGAGGUGCUGUACGAGGUGGCCAAGGUGUCGCGCGCGCACGCGGCGCUCGGCUCCGACUGGCCCGACGGCGCCGGGGCGGGGGGAGCGUGCGGCGGCCGCGGCCUGCUCGAGCUCACCAAGACCACCAACUACAGCCGGUGCGAGCGAGGCGCCGAGUACCACGUGGGGCUGCCCGCCAGCGCCGCCGACUGCAACGCGGGGAGCAACCUGUGCGGCGACUACUGGCAGCGCGUGUUCGUGACGAGGAUGCGAGGCUGCGGGGACCUCAAGGACUUCACGGUGCUGGACUCUGUGGGCACGUCGCGCCAGCUCGCCAACUUGCACCUGCACGGCGACUCGGGCGCCGCGGUCAGCUCCUACCUCAACCUCAGCCUGGUGUCGGCCGGCCCCGUCGAGAGCUUCCUCCCCACCGUAUCCCACCCCAGCGUGCAGAGGAACCUCGUCUACCUGUUUAGGCCACAGGAGCUGGAGGGGGAGAGGGCGGAGCGAGUUGCCAGGCAAGCACGGCCGCCCAGGGCCAAGCCGCACCACGAGGUGCAGCGGCCCAAGACGGCGCCCGUCAUGCCGGACGCCGCCUCCAGCGAGGAGGAGGAGGAGAAGGGAGGCGACGCAGGCCUGCCACCCCCGGACGCCAACAACCCUCCGCAGCUCAAGUACUGCCCGCAGUUCCUGUCGCGCAAGGCGCCCGAGGCCGAGCGCCGGUCCCGCCUCGUGAGCGACUUCCGCGCCACCGUCCUGGAGGUGGCCGCCGAGAUGGACGACCCCCAGCAGCUGCUGGGCAAGAUGACCUUGGAGCGACUGGAGGGGGCUGCCGUCACCUGCCGCUCCCUGACGCGCUCCGAGCUGCAGACCGCCAUCGGCGACCUGCUCGACCAACCAGAGGGACACUCCCACACCGAGAGGAAGCUGGCGAUGGACGUCCUGGCGAUGUGCGGCACCCACCCGUCGUUCCGCCUGCUCAAGGAGCUGGUGGAGUCGGAGAGGAUCGGCGCGGACUCUGCCGCCGACGUGCUGUCGUCGGUGCCGCACCACCUCUCCGCCCCCACCCAGUCGCUGCUCGAGGAGUUCGGGGACCUGCUGAGCAGCGCGGCGGUGAAGAAGGACCAGCAGCUGCUCAUCUCCACGGCGCUGGCCUUCUCGAACCUGGUGCGCGCGGCCUGCGCCAACCCCAGGACCCGGAGGGCGCGCUACACGGCAGAGGUGCUCGGCGGCGACGAGUGCUCGCGCGCCCACGCCGACGCCCACCUGCGGCGGCUGGUCGCCGUGGCCAGGCAGCACCCGGGCCUGCAAUCCGCCAUGCUGACGGCGCUCGGCAACACGGCGCUGCCGGGGGCGCUGCCCGUGCUGGCGUCCGUCGCCGCGGGCGACUCCUCCGCCUACGUCCGCGCCAUCGCCGUGUUCUCGAUGCGGCACCACGCGCUCCUGCGCCCCGCCGAGACGCUGCCCGUGCUCCUGGGCGUGUUCCAGCGGCAGGAGAACCCGGCGGCCGUGCGCAUGGCCGCCGUCGCGCUGCUGUGGCACUCUGGGGCGCCGCUCGCCGUGUGGCAGCGCCUCGCCAUAGCCACGUGGUACGAGCGCGACCCGGCUAUCGUCGCCUUCGUCGCCAGCUCGCUCAGCAGCUUCGCAAGCACCGACAGCCCCGGCUGGGAGCAGAUGAAGAGGAACGCCCAGGCGGUCCUGAGGCUGGCGAAACCCUCCCCGACAGGACAGGAGCGCGCUUACAACCUCAUCUGGAGCGCCAUCUCGCAGAAGCUCAACAGCAUCGUGGUGCAGCAGCUCGAGUGGAUACACAACUCCAAGUUCAGCACCUGGUACUACCACUCGGCUAGCCGCCUGGGAGGCUUCUCCUGGUUCGAUGGCGAGGCCGAGCUGGACGUCGCGAACCCCGAGGCCCUGCUGGCGUCGCUGCGGGAGCUGGUCGCUCCGUCCGAGGACGCGGCGCUGUCCCGCCCGCCGCUCGGGGACCUGCCCCGGGCCACGCGGCGCGUCGCCGAGCAGCUGGGCGUGAGCCUGAAGGCCGUGCCCGCCCUCGAGGGCCUGCUGCGCUUCAAGCAGGGUGGCCUCGCGGAGCGGCUGCUGCCCUUCGGCAAGAAGCUGCGUGCCGAGCUGGCCCGAGCCGGUGGUAACCUGGCAUCGCAGAUGAAGCAGGGCAAGGACUUCCACUUCCAAAAGGUGGACAUGCGGAUGUUCAUGAUCGAGACGGCCACCGAGAUGGGCUUCCCGGUGUCUUUCAAGCUCAGUGUGCCGACCGCCUCCAGGCUGUCUGGACGAGCCAUGCUCUCCGAGGACAGCACGCACGUGGCCUUCGACGUCUCCGCCUUCCACGCGCGCCACCUGCUCGGCGAGCUGAUGGUGUAUACGGCCUGGGACCGGCAGCUCCACGUGGCUGGCUCGCACGGCUGCAGCAUCGCGGCGCCCCCGGAGCUGCGCGUCAACGCCCGCUUCGACCCCGCCGCCAGCCUGCUGCAGCUGGAGGUGAAGCAGCCGGGCGGGGGUGGGGCCUCCUUCCACCACCGCGCCGCGCCCUACCUGGCGCAGCGCGACGCGAGCGACAACAGCCUGACGGGCCGGGUGAAGAUGGUGCGCGCCGACCGCCCCAAGAAGGUGGACUACCGCGACAAGAAGCUGAGCCUGAGCUUCGAGAGCGACGACCCCCGGGGCUUCGUUGAGCUGUGCGAGAACUCCAUGUCGGUGCUGGGCUUCCCGAUGUUCCCGGACCUGCGCGCAAGCUCCAUGCACCUGCAGCUGGCCGAACUUCCGCCCGUCGUCGCCACCUUUGGGCUGGGUACAGCGACGGCGAAUAAAGGAGAGAUCUCCAUCUGGAGGGCCCCACUGCAAGGCCGGCAGUGGCCGAAGGAUAUCCUGGGCGGCGAUAGCGGCCCAGAGAUGGCAACGUCGGACGUGAGCGAUGGCGAGGAGGGUCCCUGGGAGACUACAACGCCGCCGGCACAGACGGAGGGGCAGGAGGGCUCGUCCCAGAGCACAGGCAAGCUCCGCAGCUGGGACGAGGUCGCGGCUGACAGCUCCGAGGAGUGGGAGGAGUGCUACGAGGAGGAUGGAGAGCCGGAGCAGAGACCUUCCUUCAACGCCAAGAGCCUGCUUCCGCACGGGCCGGCCGUCAACGGCACCAGCUACCUACUGCGAGAGACGCUCAAGGACUUGUACUAUGGUCGUGCUUUUGUCGUGAGCGCGAACAUCAGUGUGAACUCACCAGCUUCCCGCAUCUACUCUGCAUUCCUGGUCCAGGCUUCAAGGCCACUCGGUCUGGAGCACAGGCUGGGACUCUUUGUUAAAGAAGUGACUUCUGACUGGCAGAUGACGCUAGGAUACCAGGCUCGAAACCCUCUGAUGCCGAUCUUCAACAUCGACGAGAAAAUCCUCAGCAACCUUUCUUCUGUGGUUUAUUCAGAUUUGGAACUGGUGGUCCACGACACAAAGUAUACCAUCUCUUUCUCGGGCGAGGCAGAUCACAGGACGGGGACGCCCGUGUCCCUUUCGAAUUCGUGGAGACAGGAGGGUUGCCACCCAGAGGAAUGCAACGAAGGACCUGCGUUCAACAAGAAGUGCAGGAAAAUUCUGCACAAAUCCACCACCUACGACUUCUUCAGCGGUACUCUGGUUUACAACGAAGAGGUGAAGGAGUUCCUCCCGGCGUACAGCCCCUGGCACGAGGAGGCGUUGCCGAGCCUGGAGCCGUACCUCGCCGAGGAACAGGAGACGGCCCGCGCCGGCCGCGGGGAGGAGAGGCUGAGUGUGACCGCCUACGUGGCAGACGACCGCAGGGAGAUGGACCUGGUGGUGGUCGCGCCGGGCUGCAAGAGGCUCUACCGGGGCGUCCCCGCGCCCUUCGCGGGCGACGACCGCAUCGUGGGGAUCCCCCGGGGCGGCGCCUUCCGUCCGCCCACUUGUAUUCUUGGCAAGAACAGAAUAGCAACUUACGAUGGUGUGGAGUACGAGUACGGUGUCAAUGGCUGCUGGCACGUGGUGACAAUGGAUUGUUCUGGAGAGAACCAAGUAGCUAUUUUUGCAAGGAGAAAGGGAGAUGACAUGGAGUUGGAACUGAAUGCAGAUAACUACAAAAUCAUUUCAGUCCUGCCUGGUCCAGAGGUCUUCAUCAACGACGAGCAGAUAAACUUUGACCAGCGUAAUGUGACACAAGUGGAAGAUGACAAGCAAGCAGUCUUCGCAGAGAUGUCGUUAAGUCCUGACGACUCCCUCAGGAUAGACCUCCUCGCUUAUGGCUUGCGAGUGCUGUAUGACAAGUCCGCUGCCAUUAUCGAGUCGACGCCCCGGCUGGACGGCAGGAUGUGCGGGCUGUGUGGCGACCAGGACGGCGACUUGGCUGACGAGUUCGCGGGGCCUGGGGGGCGAGUGCUCGCGACGGCGGGCGACUUCGGCCGCUCCUUCUUGCUGCGGGACUCCGAGUGCGAGCCGGCGUCGCGGCCCGAGCGCCCCGGCAGGUGUUAGCCGGGCCGCCGGGCCCUGCCCUCGCUCUGUGCUUCCGACAAUAAUACUAUAUGUACACACCUAUGCCAAUAAAUGUGCUACAGUAGAAUCCCGCUAAUCCAAACUAAUUGGGACCGAACCCUGUUCGGAUUAGCGAAAAUUCGGAUUAGGCGGAAUUUUGUCAUAUAAUGCCAUAUAUUGUCUUUUUGAGGCGUAUUUAGUGUCUGAUACAUCAAAUACGUAAGGAAGGACAGACAAAAAAUACACCUUUAUUAUUUAGCGUACAUAUUUAGUGUCAUAUAAUAUUUUUAAUUUAUCACAUAGAUAGAUAGAUAAAUUAUAAGUUUCUUAUGUACAUAUUAAUAAACGUACAACAUUACUUGAAAAAACUUGUUUUUCUUUACUUUUCUUAGUUCUUAAAUUAUAUAAAAAAAAUUUUAUCCUAGCCCUGUUUGGAUUAGGCGGAUUUUCGGAUUAGCGGGACUCUACUGUAUUUUCAAACCCCAGCAAUAACAAAAUUUUACCAAAGAAAAGCUGUAUCAAGCAUCGGUUUUAAACUUUGUUAUGAAAUAUAGUUUAGUUACUCCUACAAAUAAAAGAACGUAUGUUAAAGCGUAUAAAUUGUUUUGAACAAACUCAGAAAAAUUUGUUAAUGAAGUUAGCACCGUUCCAAAGUCUGCAAUGUACUAACACUAGCGACCCGCCCCGGCUUCGCACGGGUGCAAUGCGGAUACUAAAUAUACUACUACUAUAUACCGGCCCCCGGCCGGUACCGCUGCAACCGCUAUGUCCCUGCAUUUUAAAUCUGUAAUAUCUUCGAAAAUAUUCAUUUAAAUUAGAUACUGUAAAGGGCCAUAUUGAUCUAUAUAAAAUGCACAAUGUAUUUAAGGUACUUAAUUGGAUAAGGAUUAAUGCUGCAUUGCUUAAAAUCGCUUCGUAAAUAUGCCAUUUUUCUCGUAAAAAAUAAAGGAUAAGAAAUGUUAUUGUGGGUUAUCCCUAAGAGAUAGACAUAUACCAUUGCGGAAUUUUUUGUAGACCUUUUUAAGGUGUUCAAUACUGUAGUACAUUAUCUUGAUCUAUAUCGUAGGGUUUAGCCAGCGUUUCCAAUGUAUGCGCAAAAAAAUGUGUUUAUUUACGACAUCACAUUAGAAACCUCUAAAAUUAUCAGUGUUUCUCUCCUAUAUUAUGCAUGUAUUAUACAUAUAAACCUUCCUCUUGAAUCACUCUAUCUAUUAAAAAAACCGCAUCAAAAUCAGUUGCGUAGUUUUAAAGAUCUAAGCAUACAUAGGGACAGACAGACAGCAGGAAGCGACUUUGUUUUAUACUAUGUAGUGAUAAUGAUAAGAAAGGUGAGGACUCUGUAGGAAGUAUUAAAAAAAUGUAUUUCUUUAAGGCAUAAAAAUUACAUUGACCAUUAUGUAUUUCAAAGCCUGUCUUCAAAUAGACAAUGGCAUAUCAUUUUUCUUCAUAGUAAAUUAUUGAAUUUUUGGUUGAGAUCAAUUUUUCACUCUUUGACUCAACAGCAGUUCAGUGGAAUCAAAACAUUGUCUGUUAAAGAAAAUUUUUUAAAAAUAAUAUGUUAUCUACACGUAAUAUAAUGAUAUAAAGAGAUAUAAAAAGUUUUGUUUUGUACAUUCUUGGAUGCUUAGUGAGAACACAUGCCUCCAUUCAUCAGUUCCAUUUCAUUACAGUUAUGUAAGAAGUCCUCCAUACACUAUAGGAACUUUCUAUAAUGACUUCUUUGAAAAUAAGUGAGUUCCUUAGCAUAUUUAGGAGUAAGUACAACCAAUAUUAAGAUGAUAAUUUUGUUAUGUCAAAUAUAUAUUAUACCAGCAUUGAACAGUUCACAAUGAUAUUUUCCUAGUAUUCAAUACUGAUUCCAAACCCUUCAACUAUCUGAUUUGACAAGUGUGCCUAAAUCUAAUGGAGAUGUAACAAACAAUUGCUAUUUAGUUAUUGACUGCUAUGGAUAGUUGACGCAUACAUAGAAGAUGUUUUCCACAAGAAUAACACCUGUCAGGAAGAUUUCUUGAAUGGUUGCAUCAUUAUAUGUGGUUUGAAAAACUUCAUGGAUGUUUUAGCAAGUUUUAGCAAGUCACUAUGUUACAAAUAUAUAUUCAUAAAAACAAUUAAGAAAAUAUUUAAAAAUGAUCAAUUAAACAGCUAAAACUGUGGAUGUAUACAACAAUUUUUAUUGCAGAUUAGUUAACUCAUGAUUUAAAACCAUCUGUGUUAUAUGUCAAAUCAAAGUAAAUGUUUAGAGUUCUUGAAACCAUUAAAGUAAUGACAUCAUUUUCUGUAGCUCCAUGAUUAUUUAAUGGUUUUUAUGAAAACCCAAUUUUUAUACCUUAUUCCAUGGCUGCAGAUGGGUGUUCAAAGCUCUAAUUUUAGAGUGGACACAUUUGCAUUGUAUAAUCGCUGGCUAGUUAAAAAAAAUAUUGUUCUCAUUGUUUAAAUUCAUUUAUUAGUUUUGCUGCAUUAGUUUACAUUUUUUUUUUUCAAGUGAUUACAGUAAUGGUAAGCUGUUAGCAUAAGGAUAAGCUUAAUAAUACAGUUGACUAGUAAAAUACAAAGUCCAAAUUUAAUGCAACAAAUUCAGUGAAGUGGAAAUCAUUGUGUGUAUAACUGAUUGAAUAAAUUAAUUAAUUAAUUAAAA